ACCCACCGACGCCCAUGCAAACAGAUGUUCAGUGUGGCUUCCAAUUCGAUUCGCGGUUCCAUUCCACUUCCAAAUCUCUCUCCCCCAAAACUUCCAGGCCCUGCGUCAACUCCAACGCCGUCGCUUUGGCUUCGCUCGCUGGAUUAUUUGUGGGACCUUUCAGUUCAGGUUCAGUCGUGUUCGUAACGUCGUCGAGUUGAAACCGCCAGAAAAGAGCCAGAGCAGAUUCUCACAGUUACAUAUACAUAUGAGCAGGCAGCAGCAGUAGCAGCGGCAGAGCAGAGAGCAAAUCGGUGCAAUCUUGAAAAGUGUGUUUCCCAGUGCUUCACCUGAAGUUUCUUGGCACUGCCUUGCCUUACCAGAGAUUCGCUCCAGUGACCACGAACCACGAGCACGCAGGAGAAAGAAGCGGCUGACAGAAGUGCGAUUUGCAGGCAGCGCGAAGCGGCUAAAAACGGAAGUCUAAUCCAAUUUGGCCUAUGACAAUACAAACGCACUUUCUUCGCUACGCAUUGUCCAGGUGCGUGUGCGUAUAGAGAGAGCGAGCGAGAGGGAAAGCGGACGAGCAAGCGAGAGGUGAAAUAUUUAGGUUUAAAGGCCAGGCGCGUGUGUGUGACCCAUGAAAAGUUGUUAAACAUAAGCAACGUCAAUCGCCGCUGAUCGAAAGAAGAGCAACCCCUACGCGCGCGUGUUUAAUUUGUAUUUUUGGCACUUUGGUUGGCAAACAGCAAAAGCAUUUCCCUAUGAUUGGCUCAUUCUGGAAUCUGUGCAGAGCGUGCCCAUCAAUGCCGGUAGACAAGCAGCUCCACUCGGAGUAUCGGAGCACUUAUCGCUGGCAUGAAUUUACGGGCAACUCGCGGCCAGAGGUUGUGCGACGGGCGCCUGCCCCAAACCCAAGUCAAUUUGUUGGAGCGACAAAUGAGCCGCCAUUGCCGCGCCGGAAAAAAUGUCCAGAAUUAGCAUAUAAAUCGCACGAGUUUAUUAUAGGAUCGGAGUAUACAGAUGGACGCCGGGAUGCCAGUGCACAUCGUUUGGCGAGAUCGGAGGAGCGCGGUGGCACACCUUCGCGCCGCAGCAAAUCGGAGGGACCACCCGUUGUGCCCAAUGGACGUGCGUAUCCCAUUGCCACGGAGAUCGACGGAACCACAAGAAAACAGGCGGGUGAGUCAAAUGGGCUAUUGAAAAAGACCAUCAAUAAGUUGAGCACUGAGUACCGCCUGCAAUUCGUCUGGCCCACCGUCCGACGCAUAAAGGGCGGCGGCGAGGCGACGUCUAGGGCCGCUGCCGGCGACUAUCCGAGAAAGUCCAUAUCGCUGGGCGCCCUUCGGUCCGGCGGCCAAGGUCACAGUCACAGUCACACCCAAAACCAGAAUCAGAGCCAGAGUCAGGGUCUGACCCAAGCCCAGAAUGGUCACACACAUCACACGAUGAUGGGUGGCGGUGCGGGCUUGCCGACGGUGCAUAAAAAACGAACAACAAAUCAGAAAGAAGCUACUCUACAUGAGUUGGAGCCCUUGGUUAGCGAUACGGAUGAUAGAAAAACGCACGAGAAACAAGUGACCAUUGUGGAGCGCAAGAUCACCUCGCGUCCCUUCUCGCAGGCCAUCGACCAAGAGCGCCUGAACCACUUCAUCACGAAAAAGGAGAAUUUUGGCUUCGCCGAUGCCGCCGUGGCCGCCGCGGCCCUCAAGGACGAGGUGGACAACCGGCAGCAGGCCGGCGAAUCUGGCCAGGUGGUGGUCAUGAACGGCUCCGCCCCGCCGCACUCGAAACCGAAUUUGGAUUUGUGGUUCAAGGAGAUGGUGGAGCUGCGCAAAAAGGCCGGCGAAUACAAGUGUCGCGGUUGGGGCAUAGAAAUUGACCCGGAAUUGUAUAAGAAACAGAAGGAUCUAUGGGAUCAGGUUUCAAAGCGCAGCUCACUUUCGGCACUUUCCCUAGCCUCUUCUGUUCAUAGACCCAUUACAAAGGAGGAGAAGGAACAGGAGAACAAUAAGAAGUCCACGCCAUUGCAGAAGGCCCAGAAGCCGCGUGCUCCUGGCCAAGCCUUUCUGAUUGAUAAUAAGGAUGAGAUUUCAGCACUGCCAGCACGCUUUAGCAAUAUACGCCAUCACCUUGAACGCACCACAGAUGUGGAAGAGGGAGCUUUGUUGCCCUCGCCCACGCGCGAGAAGCUGAUGCCGGCUAUUACCAAGCGGGAAUCGGAAUCUCAGCGAGGAAGUCCCAAGAAGACCGCCUUGUCCAGGCACGGAUCGCCCCAGAAGGGUAGUCCUCAAAAGGGCAGCCCCAAGAAGGUCCUUAAAACCCGGUCGCAAUCGGCGGGUCCGGGCGUUGCUGAGAAUGAGUCACCGAAGCGGCAGAUCCGGUCGGCGAGUCAGGCGCCCAGCAGCCGUAAAAAGACGCCGACAACCGGAAGCGGAAGCGAACGCAAGGCACGCCCAUCCACCCUAUCCACAACAUUCCAAUCCCGCAUUAAAAGUAGUUCCUUGCCACCGCCCAACGGUAGAGUAGCCUCAGCGCCGCCAGCCACUGCAGCAGCAGCAGCAGCAGCCGCAGCAGCAUCAGCAGCCAAAUCAGCAUUAAACGCUAAUCAGGCUCAUGCUAAUCAAUCACAAUCAUCACAUGCCAAGAGCGGUAGCAUCAGCGGCAGAAUUUCAAAGCCAUCGGCCACAUCCGCCCAACAGCAACAACAGCAGCAACAGCAACAGCAAAUGCGUAAGAAAGACAAAGAUAGAUCGAAUAGUAGUUGCAUUGGCAGUGGUAGUCAUGUUGGUGCUGGUAGCGGUAGUCAAGCAAAUAGUGUCAAGCAUCUGCAGAAUAAGCAAAAGCAACAACAACUACAGCAGCAACAGCAACAAAAGCAACAACAACAACAGCAACCGCAACAGCAAAAGCAGCAGCAAAAACAGCAGCAGCAACUCGAUGUUGCAGCAGCAGCAGCAACAGCAGCAGCAGCAGCAACAUCGGCAUCUCCCCAAAACCCAACCCGGCCUGCCACCAUCAACAUCAAACGGCUCACGGUACCAGGUCAGGAUAGAAAAUUGGCUGAAAACGAAGGCGAGGAUGGUCGUGAGACUGCCAUUUCCAUUUCCAGCUGCAGUCCCCAGCCUCCGGUGCCGGAGGUGCCCGAGGAGCCCCUGGUGAAGUCGCCACCAGAACCGACCCGGGUCAAGUCCCCGGAGCAGAUCAUAAUGCGCUCUCCCGAUCCAGUCAACUGGACGGUGCCCCUGGACACUGGCAAAACCUUCACGGUGACGCAGAAUGUCAAAGAUGGGGAGAACUACAGCCGACCUCAGAGCGAGAUUAAAGCGUCGACACCGGUGGAGAAGCCCCCACCGCCACCACAAUCGGCUCCGCCACAACUAACCGAACAGGCUAAGAUGGACGCCUGGAAGUCCUGCAGUCCGACCACCAGUGCCGCGAUCUACGGCAAAACGCUGACGCCCCAUGCCACACCCACCGGCCAGCCGGGCGGGGCGGUGCGCUGCACUGUCGCCCAGGAUGAGCCGCCUCAGCAGCCGGAUCCUGCGAUGUCGUCCUCCUCGUCGACGGGCACUGCCUCCACCGCCCGGACAACUGCCGCCGAGGUCCUGGAGAAGGCUCGCGACCGAUUCGAUCGAUUCUGGGGCAGCAGCAGCGCCAGCAAGGAGGAGAGCGUCUAGAUCCGAGAUCCUGGAUCCUAGAUCAGGCACUCAGUGCUUUUCAAGUGCAAAAUGUAUUCCCCAGGGCAGUUAAUUGGCCCCUAAAAGCAAGCAAUUAUAAUACGUAAUAGACGUUAUGCAAUACCUAAUCAUGUACACCAGCUACCCUAUCUAACGGCCUGAUGACAUUGCGGCACAGCUCUUCAUACACAUUGAGUUGUACUCUAUGUUUCCAUAAAUCACUAUUUAUUAUGUAUCAAUUGGAUUUGUCUCUAAAGAGUACUAUUCUUUGUAUAUUUUUAAUUAAAUUUUCAACUAAAGAUUUAUAACAUAUUGUUCUGUUAGUUUCAAUGAAGACCCUGUUAAGUCAAAAAGUUGUAUUGAACAUCUAAAAAUGAAUUAUGAUUUAUAGAAAAAAUACCAUUUAAUAAUUUUAAUUAAUCUAUUGUAAUUGUGGAUGAAUGUGUCGCAGUGAUAUCGGAAGAUUAAGGAAGUCCCGCAUCGACUUGGCUUGACUUUAAAGCUAAAUUCGCUUUUGAUUUCCUAGUUAAACUGCUGCAAGCAAAUCUAAUCAGGCCAAAUGUCAUCUAACGACACGAGCAUAACACAAAGAUUUAUUUAUGUAAGACACUUUCACUGCCUAAACCCAAUCCGAAUACGAAACCGAACUCAAACCAAUGUUGUAUACUUUGAAAUUCACCCAGAGAACUUUGCAAUAUUUCGAUAUCAUCCAAUCAUACAAAAUAUUCAAAUGGGACAAACAUCACCGCAAUGACCCGUCCAAAAAGUGAGUCCAUUCGACAAGAGAUAUACUCACAUUUUUGUAGCUUUCAUUAGAUGAGCAACCGUAUAUUUGGGUAAUGCAUAAGGUGAUCUAAGCUAAACUGCUGAUCCGUCAGAUACCGAACGUUGAAAAUAGAUUUUGCACAUGAACUACAAAGGGAAAAUACCAAAAAAACGACGACAUGAUGUUAAGAAUAAUUUAAGACACACUUUGGCUAAUAAAAACUUAAGGCAAGAGAUGGUUAAAACAUAGCAACACCCAACAGAAAACACCAGCAAAACAUACUAAUACUACACAAAAAAUGCGAAACAAUGAGAUUAUGCUUUGAAAAGCUGUUAAACUAGUUUCAGACAUGCCUACGAUUCUUAUAUAACUAUUAUGUGAAUGUGAAAAUAGUCGACAAACAAAAAUGGAAACAAAACGAUCAAACAACAUGGAAAGACCUAAUCGAUUUAAUCAUGUUUUGAGUAAAAUUAGCGCUAAAUAAUUAAGACAAAUGCUUCCCGAGGGGCAAUAGCUUUCAGAAAGUUGAUGUUAUUUUGACAAGCAUUUUGUUGGGCCUUGUUUCUCGAAUCUCUCUCAGUGUAGACAGUUUUUCAGUACAAACCAAAUACCGAUUCAAACUCAGUUUGGCAGAACUUUUCUGUUGCGUAGGAGAAGUGCUUGAAUUUAAACCUUUCUUAGAAAUAAACAGAAAAUACAAAAUCGUGUAAGCUGAAGUUAAAUUCCAUUACCCAUAAGUUAUGUGAUUAACUUCAGUAUUGAGCUUACUUGUUGCUUGCCUAUAUAUAUUUUAAUAUAAAACUCAAAUAAGACAACAAAAAAAAAAAAAUUAAGAAGGAAAAUAACGCCACUUUAAUGGUAUUUAUUAAACAGUUGAGUAUUUUUAUAUGUUUUUCAUGAAUGGACCCGUUUGUUAGUUGAAAUCGAUAAGUUGAUCACUGAAUCUUAUAGUUACCGAAUAGUAACAAUGCAUAUUGUCAAGAGCCCCUAAAAUGCAAAAUGUUUAUUACGCUCAGUCUUUAAAAUGGUCACCGAUUCGAUUCAAUCAAUGGCAUUAGUUAGAAAUAAAUAAGAAGCUAAACUAACUAAACUCUGGCAAUCUCAAAACCCGUAAAGGAAGGAAAAUUUCAAUGAAAGAAACAGGAAAUGCACACUCACAUACACAAACAGAACUAUAUUUCCAGUUGCAAUUAAAGGAAAACGGUAACCCAACUGAAUGGUAGACUCUUGAACUCAUUUAGUUUUAAAUAUCGUACUUAACAAAUUUUAGGCAACUUUAAUACGAAUCUACUUAAGAACGAACUUGAUAUUAAUUCUAGCUUGUUUACAAAAGGAUAUAAAAUGAUUAACGAGACAACAGAAAACCAAAACCUAAACAAAGUAUACCCUCAAAAUGAUUCCAAAAUAGGCGCACUAAACGGUUUUCCUUCGACAGCAGUGAAAAAGAAAAUCGAUUUUUAUAAACACUUAUACGAAAGUCAAACCAAUAAAUACUUUCAAUUUUCGGUUCCUUCACGAAGCAAAAUAUUAAAAGUCACCAAACAAUUAUAUAAAUUUUAAAAAUUGACUUUCACGCCCAAAUGCGCCUAAAGUUUUAAUGAAUUAAAAAAGCCUCAUAUGAAAUGCAAUAAUACCAGUAACUAUACAACCCAAUUGAUAAUUUUUUCUGAAUUGUCAUAAAAAGGCACACCAAAUAGCCUUCAUAGAGAUGCUAAUAACACGAUAUAAUUAUAAUUAUACUUGAGAAAAGUGGCCGAAUCAUAUGAUAGAGGAGUAAUGGAAAUAAUAAAAUAGAAUCCGAAGAACAAGUGAUGGUAAAAUGAUUAUAAUAUUAAAUGAAUCGAAUAAAUGAAAACUGCAUAUAAACGUUUUAAAA